AUGCACCUCCAUGGCUCUACGACCAUCCUUCUGCUCACUGCCGCUGCCGCAUCGGUAGCUGGCUUUCUCAAUGACACUUCGCCGGCCUUGAUCCAAUCACCAUUUUACGAGCUCACCGACGGAUGCCCACCAUGCCCUCGAUGCUUUGACUGUCACUACGACGAAUUCCGAUGCCAACAAUUUGCGAAUUGCAGCAGUGCAAACGGUAAAUGCGUCUGUCCCCCAGGCUUCGGUGGAGACGACUGCUCUGAGCCACUUUGCGGCUCCCUGGCGGAUGGCAAGAACAGAUCACCCCGCAAGGGCGAUUCAUGCGAUUGCAAAGAUGGAUGGGAAGGCAUCAAUUGUAACGUCUGCACCUCAGAUGAUGCCUGCGACGCCAUGACGAUUUUGGGAAAGGGGGGCGUGUGCUAUCAGAAGGGCCUGGCCGUCCAUGAGAACUAUCAAAUGUGCAAUGUUACUAACAAAGCGAUACUCGACCAGAUUAAACCAAGAAUUCCCCAAGUCACCUUCUCUUGCAACACUGGGGAUGCCACCUGCAAUUUUCAGUUCUGGGUGGACCAGAAGGAGUCCUUUUAUUGUGCGUUGGAUACCUGUUCAUGGUCGGCUACCGACACCACCAUGCGCAACACCACAAAAUAUACUUGCGAAAAUAUCAAGUGCUCCUGCAUCGAGGAUCGCUUUCUGUGUGGCGAGGAUGGCUCUGUCAAUAUCGAUGACUUCCUCGCAGAAGAGAUCAAAGGUCCUGCUUCCUUCUUCACUCAGCAUACUUACGGUGGAAGUUCAAAGGACGGGAGCAGAUUUGAAGAGCCUGCGAUGAACAACUUGAUUUCCAUGAUCUUUGGCGAUGAAUAUAUCUCACUCGCAUGUCGCUCAGGGGAGUGUCUUUACAAGGAGGACGUUCCCGGUUACGUUGCACCGAUAAAGGAGAUCAAUACUCCGGUACUUGCAGGUGUGAUAUCCGGCGUUGCCUUACUCAUUCUCGCCAUCAUCCUCAUCUCGUGGUAUCUCUCUCGAAGAGCGGCUUACAAAAAAUGGGGUGCGAUUCGACUUGGAGAGGGAACCGAGGAUGAUGCUGCCAAGUCGAUGGUAAACCAUACUCCCAUGGCUUUGCAAUUUGAGAAUGUCUCGUAUGACCUAAAGGGUAAAGAAAUCCUUACGGGAAUUUCAGGCGUGGCACAACCAGGCCAGAUCAUGGCUAUCAUGGGAGCUUCGGGGGCGGGAAAAUCAACCUUUCUGGACAUUCUCGCUCGCAAAAAUAAGCGAGGCCAUGUCACUGGCACGAUGUAUGUGAAUGGCGAGAAGAUCCUAGACAACGAGUACCGUAACGUCAUUGGUUAUGUUGACCAAGAGGACACUCUCCUGCCAACUCUUACUGUGCAUGAGACCAUUCUCACUAGCGCUUUGCUGAGGCUUCCUGCGGACAUGGGAGUUCCUGUCAAAGAGCAAAGAGUCACUGAAGUCAUGCAGCAACUUGGAAUUUUCCAUAUCAAGGAUCAGCUCAUCGGUUCUGAAGAAGGGAACGGGAGAGGCAUCUCUGGUGGUGAAAAGAGACGAGUCGGCAUCGCCUGUGAACUCGUGACCAGUCCUAGCAUUCUCUUCUUGGACGAGCCCACCAGUGGAUUGGACGCUUUUAACGCUUUCAAUGUUGUCGAGUGCCUGGUAACCCUGGCCAAGACAUAUAAUCGAACCGUCAUCUUCACCAUUCACCAACCGCGGUCUAACAUCGUUGCGCUAUUUGAUCAACUCGUGCUUCUUGCCAAAGGUAAAACGGUCUACUCUGGACCCUUUUCCACCUGCCAAGCAUAUUUCGACCACAUAGGGUAUUCAUGUCCUCCCGGCUUCAACAUUGCCGACUACUUAGUCGAUCUAACUAUGCAUGCAAGCCUGCCACGGUCACCCAUAUUCGAUGAAGUGCAACGAGACUUUUCAGAAAGAGACGGCCUUGGAACGGAGUCGAGCAGUACACGAGCAGUCAAAUCGAUUGCAAGUGCAUCAAAUGUCAGCGUGGAAAGUCGUAGGGAGCCUUCGAUAAGGCCAAAGCAGAAGCGUCGGAUUUCAAUCAAGCAAAAGCAGGAUCGCCAACUUUUCACCCGCAAGAGGACCGGAGAUGAUACACCACCGACGCCCAAGACCGACGAUGAAGACAGUGUUCUCGGCCGAGCAACUGGGAGUAUGCGCAGCUGGCUCCAAAUGUCAAGGAGGGAUGGUCCCAACCCGCCACAAAUAUUAGAAGAUCCUGAUGACCUGCCGCCGGAUGUCAACACAGAUCUCGAUGCCCUUGUGGCUAGCUUCCGUCACUCUGACGUUGCACAGACCAUACAUGAUGAGAUCGCCCUUUCUGUCCAGGCUGCUUCCUCGGCGAAUGGACAUGGUCCCGAGGAAGGUUCAACGGAGGCAGUGACUGGUACUAUCAAGGGAUUCCGUCGGGUCAGUUGGCCACGACAAUUUCUCAUCUUGUCGCAGCGCACUUGGCGGAAUCUAUACCGGAAUCCCAUAUUGAUGCUGACGCACUACGCUGUCGCCAUCCUACUAGCAGUAUUGUCAGGCUAUCUCUUUUACGCCGUAUCUGAUGACAUUGGUGGCUUUCAGAAUCGACUCGGUCUUUUCUUCUUUCUCUUGGCUCUCUUCGGGUUCAGCACUCUUACCAGCCUGAAUGUCUUCUCGUCGGAGAGGGUCAUCUUUGUGCGAGAGAGAGCCAACGGAUACUACAGCCCAAUCACGUACUUUGCGGCCAAGGUAGUUUUUGACGUGAUCCCAUUGCGCCUCAUCCCUCCGAUCAUCAUGGGAAUUAUCAUUUAUCCAAUGUCAGGGCUUGUUCCGGCCUGGAGUAAUUUCUUGACAUUCAUCCUAAUCCUGGUUCUGUUCAAUCUGGCUGCAGCGGCAAUCUGCCUUACGAUUGGCAUUGUCUUCAAAGAUGGAGCGGUGGCCAAUCUGAUAGGGAGCUUGGUGAUGCUCUUCAGCCUUCUUUUUGCCGGCCUCUUGCUCAAUCUCAACCACGAUACUGUGACAGGGCCAACACACUGGUUACAAUUCUUGUCGAUCUUCCAUUACGGCUACGAAGGGUUGAUUGUUAACGAGGUCGCCAAGCUACGAUUGAAAGACCGGCGAUACGGUCUCGACAUCGAAGUACCAGGGGCCAGCAUUCUGAGUGCCUUUGGGUUUGAUAAUCUAGCACUUUGGCGAGAUGUGAUCGGACUGGCGAUCUUUGGAGGAUCAUUCAUUAUCAUCGCAUACGGAGCCAUGCAUUUGCUCCUCGUUGAAAAGAGGUGA